AUGACCGUUGCCCUCAACGAACAAAACCCCCACUCGUACAUCGACAGCGAAUUGUCGGCCAACCUAGACUCCACGGACGCUUUCGAGGGUCCUGAAAAGCUCCUGGAGAUCUGGUUUUUCAAAAGUGCGCGCUGCGUGCCUGACAGGAACCGAACUCUCCGUUCCAUUGACUUCAACACCUGGGUGCGGCUACUGGAACUGGUGAAAUGCCAAGUGCUCUCGAUGAAGAAGACGGAAAAGAUGGAUGCGUUCCUGCUGAGCGAAUCUUCGCUCUUUGUGUUCGACCACAAACUCACACUUAAGACUUGCGGUACCACCACUACGCUGUUCUGCCUCGAGCAGCUGUUUCGCGUGGUGCGCGAAGAGCUGGGCUGGGAACUUUCUAGCCACGGAAAGGUCAACCCUUACAAGGUAUUCUACUCAAGACGCUGCUUCAUGUUCCCAAAGAAGCAGCAGUCGAUCCACCAGAACUGGGAGGACGAGACAAAUUACUUGGACCAGUUUUUCUGCAACGGUAAGAGUUACCUCGUCGGCCGCCUUGGUCAGACCAAUCAUUGGAGCCUAUACGUCACUGAGACUAACAAUGAGAUGGGCGGCACGGGCACCGCCGGCAAGGGGGGCUGCGAAGGCCGUGACGAAGACGACGACGAGACCAUGGAGAUGCUGAUGACAGGACUCAGACCAUCUAAGUCGAAACAGUUCGUGACAGCUCGUGAGCCUGGACAGCCUAUCGCCAGCGACGGCGAAGACGAGGGCCAUACCUUGGGCCGUCACGUGACUGUUGGCACGGGCCUUGACCAAGUCUACGACAACGUGCGCGGCGUUUCGUUCCAGCAAGACGCAUUUGCCUUCACUCCCUGUGGCUAUUCUGCCAAUGUUGUGAUGGAUGAGGAGUUCUACUACACCCUUCAUGUGACGCCUGAGGACGGCUGGUCCUACGCGUCUUUCGAGAGCAACGUGCCCGUGAAGCAUGUGAGCAACGGCUCCCAAGACAACUUCAGCGUCAUGCAGCGCGUGCUGUCCGUUUUCGAGCCCUCAGACUUCUGCCUCACCUUUUUCUCACGCGACAGCAUGAACGACAACUUUCUCAAGCUUCAGAAGAUCUCAAGCAACAUUAGUGGUUACACUCGUAAAGACAAGAUCAUCUACGAUCUUGACGACUACCAGUUGCUUUACUUGAGGUUCGAGCGUUCUAACUAG